UGCCAGCACGUCAACCCUUUCCCACCCUUUCUCCCUCCCUUUUUCUGUGCUUUUUUUCUUUCUUUUUCGGCUGAGGCUAAAAGAGAGGCAGGGUCAGUAGCACUCACAGAAACAGAAACAGGAAGGACAGGAGAUGAGAGGCGCUACAUGGCAGGCUGCCAGCUCCAACUGUAGCAAACGCAAGUAGAUGACUGAGAACUCAGCCUCCCAUGAUGGACAAGAAAAGUGCCAAUGGCUUUCAGACCAAGGCCACUGAGGGCGGUGUUCAAAGGAAGCAGCUGCCCUACUCAGUGGAGACUCCUUACGGCUUCCACUUGGACCUCGACUUCCUCAAGUAUGUUGAUGAUAUUGAAAAAGGCAACACCAUCAAAAGGGUCCACAUCCAGCGCAGGGUAAAAGGCCCACCUAAAUUCAGCACUCUACCUAGAAAUUUCAGCCUUCCUGGACAUGGAGCAAGGCCUGUCCCAAAGGAAAAGGACAGUUCAUGGUCUGGGACAUCCACUCUGGGACCCAAGCCUAAAUCACGGGUGACUGAGGUCCAGCAAAUCUUUGAUUUCAGGGCAAGUGAAGGGGGAACUUCCAACCAGAGCACCAGAGGAGCAACCAGUCAAAGAACCGGCUACGUUUCAGCCAAACCUACAGAUGAAGCAGGAACAGGGACUCGAGGUGUUGACGAAAAAGCUGUGGGGAUUCAAAGUCGUCCAAAUCUGCUCAGAGCCUCAAGCAUGCCCAUCACCCUACAGCAACGUAAAGGUUCAGAUUCAAGCAGUCCUGACCGUACUGUGGGAACACCAGAAAAUGGCUCAACAGAGAACAUGUUUCGUGCUUCACCAGACAUUACAGAGAGACGGUGUGUUCCCCAGGAUCGGACAGGACUUCACCAGCAGAUUACAGUGGCACUGAAGCGGGUCAGAGAGCUAGAAGAACAGGUUAAAACCAUCCCGGAGCUAAAGGCUCAGAUCUGCUCUUUGAGGGAGGAGAGGGAGCAGCUUCUACUUCAGCUGCAAGCUAAGGCCCAAGCCCAGGUUUCCACAUUAUCCUCUACAGUAGCCACAAGUUAUGAUGCUAGGGCAAGCCCCUGGACACAAGGACACAGACCUUCAGAAGGGCUUAAUUUGGCUCUGAUUAGUCAACCUACUGGAGGUUUAGAAGACUCAAAGCUUCUGCCAGCAGAGCCUGUAUCAGGGAAAGAGAAACAAGGUGAGACAGAGAAAAUUAAAGCCUUACCAAAGGAGGGAGACAGUUCCUCACCGCACAUAGUAAUGAGUGGGUUGUCAGCACAAGAACUGGACAGACAAACACUGCCAUCAGACAAAUCUGACAAACGAAAAGAGACAUUAGAGAGUCCACUGGAGCAUGCAGUGCAAAAGCUAUCACGGGAGAUUGCAGGACAGGAUUUAACAUCACUCAGGGUGGCUAUAAAAGAUGCAGAGACUAGCAGUAUUGAAGACAGCAGCAGUGCAUCACAAGAAGGAAAACCUGAGGACCCAGAUAGUAUGCAGAAUCUGCAGGAGAAGUUAAUGAUACUGGAAGCUAAACUUAGUCAGGCUAGCCAAGAACUCGAGAGAAGUAAUACUCUUUUAAAGCAACAAAUAGAGGAGAACAAGAUGAAAGAGGAGAGAAUACUGCAAAUGAGUGAGGGAGUGAGAGUGGAGGUUUGUACGCCAGAAGCACAUGAUCGACCGAGAAGAGAGAGCAUUGACACAGGGACAGUGACAGAGAGAAUAGAUUUUGCCAACCAGGAAACAGAGACAGAAUCCCCUGGCACAGUAGAUCAGGGGACAGACACUGAUAAAAUCUGUAUAGAAGUGUGUAUACCCAAACCAAGAGCUGGAAGUAUAGAUCAAGGAACAGUCACUAUUAAAGUUGACACUCAUGACCAGGUGACAGAGAUGGAAGCAGAGAUAACAGCGAUGAGUCCACCUAGACCCAGAACCAACAGCAUGGAACGAGGCACAAUAACCGAAAGAAUCACCACUCAGGAUCAGACGACCGAGACGCCUGUGGCUCAACGGGUGAACCAAGUCACGGAGACAGAUGGAGAGACAGUGACAGAUCAUCCACAGAGACCGAGGGCCAGCAGUGUAGACCGAGGGACAGAGACGGAAAGGGUAGGUACUGUGGACAGGGUGACAGAGACAGAGGUAGCGCAAAGGACAGACCAACAGACUGAGACAGAGACCCAUAGACGACAGGACAACAACCCAGGCAGAAAUGUAGAAGCGGGGAGUCAAGUGACAGAAGAUGUAGCCAGCCAAAGAGAAGAUGCAGGUACUGUAGUCAGUGAAAGAACAGAAGAUACAGAAGCAAAAGAAAAAACCAUUGAAAGUGUGGCGGCAGAAGUAACAGAGAGUUCCAUUAAAGCUGUAGAAAGCAUAGUUGUACAAACUUUAGGUUCAGAUGUUGUACGCCAGAAAGAAGAGGGUUCCAGUCCAGUUCCCGCAACAGAAGAAGAUAAGCUUAAAGUGAGUCUUGCACAAGAUGACUCCAAAGCAAAAGACGUUAUACCCCCAAAGACUGUAGAAACAGAAAUAGUUGAAACAAAGCAAAUUUCCCCAGAGUCUGUUAAGAAGAAAGAAAUAGUAGAAGGAGAGAUUGUGUGUGCAACAAUCAAAGAAACUGUGGUCACUGACACUGUUGUAGUAUCAGCAGAGAGUUCAGCUGUGAAGACAGUAGCUCCUGUAAGACCACAGAGAGGCCGGAAGCUCUCGGGGGAGCAGGCGCAGCCGUCACUUCCUCAGCUUCAGGUUGUACCUGUCCGUCCUCGUAGGGGAUCCAGUGAAACACAAGCCCAACAGACCCAGCCCCAGACAAAAACCCAGCCCUCGCCACAGGUACAGAGUGCACCUGAGAUUGAUGCUAAGUCCUCAGCACAAGUGUCUGAACCAGAGGAAAAACCUCAAACCCCAUCUGUGUCUCAGGUUGAGGACCACACUGCAGUAAAGAAGCCUGCUAAGGAACCUAAUGAGAAAAAAUCACAGCCUCAGGCUGCCACUCAGAGUCCAUCUCCAGGCUCCAGUGAAAUCCAGAUCAGACCCAAAUCAAUUCAACCCCCGUCUCAGCCUCAAAGUUCUGCAUCUCGUCGGGACUCUAAAGAGCUUAAAGCACAGAGGGGAUCCAGUGUAUCACAAACUUCUAGGCGUGGGUCAGGAGAAGCCCAGGCCCGCCCAACUCGCCAGGUAUCGAUGGAUGCCCAGCCUCAGUCUCAGGGCUCUCGUAGAAGCUCCAGUGAGACUCAACCUGCUAACAAAGAGGCUAGUGAGAUACAAUCAUUACGCAGAGGCUCCAGCGAAGCAGCUCAGCGUCGUGGUUCAAGUGAGGCUCAGACUUCGCGUCGCGACACCGGUGAGGCACAACCUCUUCGCCGCGGAUCCAGUGAGUCACCAACAUCGCCUGCAGCUUUGGGUCAAGUUGUAACUCGGUUAACGGGGCUUCUAGGAGAACAGUGGGCACAGCUGGGAAGCGGCUCUGGAGCUCAACAGACGGCAGGCCAGCAGGAGAGCACCAGCACACAGAAACAGACGACGGGGAAAAGAGCAGAGGCAGGAAAGGGAACCUCAGCCAAGCCUGCAGGGAAAGCUGCCCCUGCAGCAACAACAACGGGGAAACCAGCAGGGAAGCCUGGUCCUUCCAAAAUGAGCUCCAUUCAGAGUCAACUGGUCAGCUCCCUCAGUGUCCUCUCUGCCUUCUACUCCCCAGGCCAGAAAGCAGCUGCUGCCAGCAAACAACAAGAACAAGGUCUCAAAUCUAUUAUGAAGAAAAAUGGUGCUGCUGACAAGCAGGGGGGCAAAGGAGCCAAGAAAAACCUGAAGUUUGUUGGGGUGAAUGGAGGCUACGAGACGACAUCCAGUGAGGAGUCCAGUGGAGACGAGAAGUCGAAGGUAGAGGUGGAGGAAGAAGAUAGCUCAGAGCCAGAGGUGGAGAAGGAGAAGGAGGAAGAGAAAGAGAAGGAGAUUGAGGAGGGAGCAGAAACACAGGGAAAAGAAGCAGAGGCCUCAGCUGAAGCAGGAGGUGCUGUGGCUGAAGAGAAGGAAGUCGAAAGAGGCCUGCUGGAUCCAGAAAGCAGCCAUGAUCUUCUGGAAGAGCAAGCCGAAGGGGAAAAAGUUGACAAGGGGUUUAUAGACGCCUGUCUUUAUGUGAAGGACAGAAUGGAAGAGGUUUCAUCCCCUGAUAAAGAAAUGCGGCAGGUUUUAGUGGUACUCUACCAGGAGUGGUUCAAGGUGUCCAGUCAGAAAGACUCACAGGCGGAUACAGUCAGGUUAUACCUGCGACAGGUGGGACUGACCACACCCACUCUGCUACCAUAUGUCGUUAACCUGACAGACGGCAAUGGAAACAUGGCCCUCCACUACAGUGUGUCUCAUUCUGAACACCAUAAACCUGCUUCUCAGAGGCAACACAGAGUCAACGGCGGAGAGGACGUUAAUGAGCGAGAAGAAGAAAUAAUGGAAUGGUGUAAGAAGGAGACAAUAAUGGAGAGUGAUUAA